GUUGGGUGAUGCUGGGUUUGUUCUGACGUUCCCUGCAUGGAUAGACAGUAUUUGGGUUUCCAGCCAACUGAAUGCGGCCGUGUGCUGGAGGGGGUCGGUUAAACGGUUUACUUUUUUAAACUACAGACAUUUUUAUCGAGCCAUGUCUCCAUCAGUCCCCCUGCAGGAGAUGAUCCGAGCCAUCAGGUCAGCCCGGACUCAGUGUGAGGAACGAGGGGUCAUCCAGAGGGAGUGCGCCGCCAUCCGGGCCCAGUUCAGACAAACCGACAACGGGGGGCGGUCGCACAACCUCGCCAAGCUGCUCUACGUGCACAUGUUGGGCUACCCUGCUCACUUUGGUCAGAUGGAGUGUGUCCGGAUGAUCGGCAGCUCGCGCUACAGCGAGAAGCGCGUGGGAUACCUGGGAGCAAUGAUGCUCCUGGAUGAGAAGCAGGAUGCGAGCUUGCUCAUCACCAACUCCAUAAAGAAUGACCUGUCUCAUAGCAACCAGCACGUCCAAUCUUUGGCUCUGUGCACACUGGCCUGCAUGGGUUCAGCUGAGAUGUGCAGGGAUCUGGCCCCAGAGAUCAACAGAUUGCUGCGCUCCUCCAACUCUUACAUAAAGAAAAAGGCUGCUUUGUGUGCCGUUCACAUUGUGAGGAAAGUCCAGGAUCUAGGAGAACUAUUUGUCCCUUCUGCUCACUCCCUCCUCUCUGAGAAGAACCACGGUGUGUUGCAUGGAACUGUUGUGCUCAUCACUGAGCUUUGUGAGCGGAGCCCAGAAGCUCUGGAACGGUUCAGGAAGACCGUCCCAGAUCUAGUUCAGAUCAUGAAAGGCCUGGUGAUUUCAGGAUAUUCUCCGGACCACGAUGUGGCAGGAGUCAGUGAUCCGUUCCUACAGGUACGCAUCCUGAGGUUGCUGAGAAUCCUCGGCCGGAACAACGAAGCAGCUAGUGACGCCAUGAACGACCUCCUAGCUCAGGUGGCGACCAACACAGACAGUACCAAGACUGUGGGCAACGCCGUGCUCUACGAGACGGUUCUCACUGUAUUAGACAUAAAGUCAGAGAGUGGCCUCAGAGUUUUGGCUGUUAACAUCCUGGGAAGAUUUCUCCUGAAUAAUGACAGAAACAUUCGAUAUAUCGCCAUGACCUCCCUUCAGAAGAUCGUUGUGACAGACCAUAAUGCAGUUCAGCGGCACCGUGGGACUAUAGUAGAUUGCUUAAAAGACCAGGAUGCAUCUGUCAAGCGGCGGGCUUUGGAGCUAUCCUUGGCUUUGGUAUCAGCCUCCAACAUCCGCUCCAUGAUGAAGGAACUGCUCAUCUUCCUCUCCUCCUGCCCCCCAGAACUCAGGGCUCAAGCUGCCGGUGGCAUAUUCAACGCUGCUGAAAGGUAUGCACCCUCCCAACGUUGGCACAUUGACACCAUCCUGCAUGUUCUCACCACGGCUGGGGGCGAUGUCAGAGAUGAGACCGUGCCUAACCUAAUUCAGCUUAUCACCAACACCUCAGAGCUGCACUGUUACACCGUCCACAAGCUCUACCGGGCGCUGCUCACUGACAUCUCUCAGCCACCUCUGGUCCAGGUGGCUUGCUGGUGUAUAGGAGAGUAUGGAGACCUGCUGCUGAAAGGCGAGUGUCAGGAGACAGAAGCUGUGCAGGUAACAGAGGAUGACGUCCUGGACGUUUUAGAGAUAGCUUUACAGUCGCACAUGUCUACUCCAACGACCAGAGGCUUCGCUCUCACCGCCACCAUGAAACUGAGCACACGCAUCACAGACAAUGUGGAUCGGAUCAGAAGCCUCGUCAGCAUCUACGGCAGCUGCAUAGAUGUGGAGCUCCAGCAGAGGGCAGUUGAAUACAACGCACUCUUCAAAAAAUACGACCACAUGAGAGCAGCUGUGCUGGAGAGGAUGCCUGUGAUUCAGAAAAACUCUCUGGGUCAAAUCAACGGAGAGGUAAGCGAGGAGACGAUCAAGGAGCCCCAAUUAGCCAAAGUCAGACAGGUUGAGACACCACAACAACCAGCUGGCCAGGUUUGUGAUCUCUUGGACUUGCUGGGUGGCUCUCAGGAACUUUUGCAGCCCAGCUCAUUACUAGGUGACCCAGCACUAACUCAGCCCACCACUGCCCUCACCAGUGCUGGAGGAGACCUCCUGGAUCUAUUGGGUGGGCUGGAGCCCACUCCGCUGACACCAGCUCCCACUGUGACGGUGUAUGAGAAAAAUGGUGUGACUUUGACGCUAAGCUGUGAACAACAGUCAGACUCAGGCCUGACUAUCACGCUCACAGCCUCCAACUCCACUGACUCAGACAUCAGCGGCUUCACCCUGCAAGCUGCAGUGCCCAAGAGUGUGCAGUUACAAAUGAGGUCCCCCAGCAGGGACUCUCUUCCUGCAAGGGGUGCAGCUAAACUGACCCAGCUGGUGGUCCUCAACAACCCAAACAAGGUAAAUCUGAAAAUGAGGAUCCGUGUCUCCUACACCAGCCAAGGCUCUGUCAUUCAGGACACAGUUCAGGUGGACUCCUUCCCAGGACUCAGUGCAGCUGGACUCUGAACACAGCCUGGCAGCCCAACAGAAUCAGGACGUGUCUCUGAAUCUGUUUAGGUGGUUUUUAUGCAUGAGAAGCGCUGAUAUUUCACAGGAAUUCACAGCCUCACCGAAGGAGUCACUUUUUUGCUGCUUGUCAGAUAAAUAAGAUCACAAUGGUGAAUACUUACAGAGAUGCAGGUGUUAUGUAAAAAGGUGGGGUAUUUAAAAGGAAAUUA